CGCCAGCACAUCCUGUUUUCGUUGGCCACGCUCUGAUGGCGGUCACUGCCGGAGCGCUGUCCAUCUCGUAAGGCCGGUCCUCGCUCGGUACCGUGAGGGCUUGGUUCCUCCCUCCUUUGUCCCCUUCACAGGCCUGCGCAUCGUCCCCAAGGGCGCAGGCCUUCUGCUGGCUGGCAUCAUGGGCCGGGAGUCUCGCCACUACCGCAAACGGUCAGCAUCACGAGGUCGCUCUGGAAGUCGGUCUAGGAGUCGCUCACCCUCCGACAAAAGAAGCAAACGUGGAGAUGACAGACGCUCUAGGAGUAGAGAUAGAGACAGAAGGAGAGAGAGGUCCCGGAGUAGGGACAAAAGACGAUCUCGGUCAAGGGACAGGAAGCGCCUGAGGCGUUCCAGAAGUAGAGAGCGGGACAGAAGCCGAGAGCGAAGAAGAUCUCGCAGCCGAGAUAGAAGGCGGUCAAGGAGUCGAAGCCGGGGCAGGCGAUCCCGGUCCUCCAGUCCUGGCAGCAAAAGCAAGAAGGCUGAGAAUAGGUCUAGGUCCAAAGAGAAAGCAGAAGGUGGGGACAGCUCCAAGGAGAAGAAAAAGGACAAGGAUGACAAGGAGGAUGAGAAAGAGAAGGAUGCUGGGAACUUUGACCAGAAUAAGCUGGAAGAAGAAAUGAGAAAACGGAAAGAAAGAGUUGAAAAGUGGCGGGAAGAACAACGUAAAAAGGCGAUGGAGAACAUAGGGGAGCUGAAGAAGGAGAUUGAGGAAAUGAAACAGGGGAAGAAGUGGAGCUUGGAAGAUGACGACGAUGAUGAAGAUGAUCCUGCUGAGGCUGAGAAGGAAGGGAAUGAGAUGGAGGACGAGGAACUGGACCCUUUAGAUGCCUACAUGGAGGAGGUGAAAGAAGAGGUCAAAAAGUUCAACAUGAGGAGCGUGAAAGGUGGCGGAGGAAACGAGAAGAAGUCUGGGCCAACAGUCACGAAAGUUGUUACUGUGGUAACAACCAAGAAAGCAGUAGUAGAUUCUGAUAAGAAGAAGGGAGAGCUGAUGGAGAAUGACCAGGACGCCAUGGAGUAUUCCUCAGAGGAGGAAGAAGUUGACCUUCAAACGGCCCUCACAGGCUACCAGACAAAACAGAGAAAACUUCUAGAACCAGUAGAUCAUGGAAAAAUUGAAUAUGAGCCAUUCAGAAAAAACUUUUAUGUUGAAGUUCCAGAAUUAGCAAAAAUGUCUCAAGAAGAGGUGAAUGUGUUUCGAUUGGAAAUGGAGGGCAUUACAGUUAAAGGAAAAGGUUGCCCCAAACCAAUUAAAUCUUGGGUCCAGUGUGGAAUUUCUAUGAAGAUACUAAAUUCCCUCAAAAAGCAUGGCUAUGAAAAGCCCACACCAAUCCAAACUCAAGCAAUUCCUGCUAUAAUGUCUGGACGAGAUUUGAUUGGCAUUGCCAAGACAGGAAGUGGAAAAACCAUUGCUUUUCUUUUGCCCAUGUUUAGACACAUCAUGGAUCAGAGGUCAUUAGAAGAAGGAGAGGGACCAAUAGCUGUCAUCAUGACUCCGACUCGAGAGCUGGCUUUACAAAUCACUAAAGAAUGUAAGAAGUUUUCGAAGACCUUGGGACUGAGAGUGGUCUGUGUGUAUGGAGGGACUGGAAUCAGCGAGCAGAUUGCUGAGCUGAAAAGAGGUGCUGAAAUUAUUGUUUGUACACCUGGCCGAAUGAUUGACAUGUUAGCAGCUAACAGUGGUCGGGUCACAAAUCUUCGGAGAGUGACAUAUGUUGUUUUAGAUGAAGCAGACAGAAUGUUUGACAUGGGUUUUGAACCACAGGUCAUGCGCAUUGUGGAUAAUGUCCGUCCUGACCGGCAGACAGUUAUGUUUUCAGCCACUUUCCCUAGAGCUAUGGAGGCGUUGGCCCGCAGGAUCCUGAGCAAACCCAUUGAAGUUCAGGUUGGAGGCAGGAGUGUGGUUUGCUCAGAUGUGGAACAACAAGUGAUUGUGAUUGAAGAAGAAAAGAAAUUCUUGAAAUUACUGGAGCUUUUAGGGCAUUAUCAGGAGUCAGGAUCGGUCAUUAUAUUUGUGGAUAAGCAAGAACAUGCUGAUGGUCUUCUGAAGGACUUGAUGAGAGCAUCGUACCCUUGCAUGUCUCUUCACGGAGGUAUUGAUCAAUAUGACAGGGACAGUAUCAUAAAUGACUUUAAGAAUGGAACCUGCAAGCUUCUUGUUGCCACGUCUGUUGCCGCUCGAGGUCUCGAUGUGAAACAUCUAAUUCUUGUAGUGAAUUACAGCUGCCCCAAUCAUUAUGAAGAUUACGUGCACAGAGCUGGGCGGACUGGAAGAGCGGGCAACAAGGGUUAUGCCUACACCUUCAUCACAGAGGAUCAAGCUCGAUAUGCUGGUGACAUCAUUAAAGCUCUUGAAUUGUCAGGGACGGCAGUUCCUCCUGACCUAGAAAAACUCUGGAGUGACUUCAAAGAUCAACAAAAAGCUGAAGGAAAAAUAAUUAAAAAGAGCAGUGGCUUCUCCGGCAAGGGAUUCAAGUUUGAUGAGACAGAGCAGGCGUUAGCUAAUGAGAGGAAAAAGCUACAGAAAGCUGCUCUUGGCCUGCAGGACUCUGACGACGAGGAUGCUGCAGUUGAUAUUGAUGAACAGAUUGAAAGCAUGUUUAAUUCAAAGAAGAGAGUAAAGGACAUGGCUGCACCCGGCACAUCCAGUGUACCUGCUCCAACGGCAGGCAAUGCUGAGAAGCUAGAGAUUGCCAAGAGAUUGGCUCUUAGAAUCAACGCUCAGAAGAACCUGGGCAUCGAGUCUCAGGAUGUGAUGCAGCAGGCCACCAAUGCCAUCCUCAGAGGUGGUACUAUUCUGGCUCCCACCGUGUCUGCGAAAACCAUUGCAGAGCAGCUCGCUGAGAAGAUCAAUGCCAAGCUCAACUACGUGCCUUUGGAGAAACAGGAAGAAGAGAGACAGGAGGGUGGGCAGAGCGAAUCUUUCAAGAGAUACGAGGAAGAAUUAGAAAUUAAUGACUUCCCACAGACGGCGAGGUGGAAAGUCACCUCUAAGGAAGCCUUGCAGAGGAUCAGUGAAUACUCUGAAGCUGCCAUCACUAUCAGAGGGACCUACUUUCCUCCUGGCAAAGAGCCCAAAGAAGGGGAGCGGAAGAUCUACUUGGCAAUUGAGAGUGCCAACGAACUGGCUGUGCAGAAAGCAAAGGCAGAGAUCACCAGGCUCAUAAAAGAGGAACUGAUCCGACUGCAAAAUUCAUAUCAACCAACCAACAAAGGACGAUACAAAGUAUUAUAAACAUCAGAGCCACAUUGUACCUGUGCUGUCUGUGAAGUUUACAGUGUAUUGUAAAGUAAGACUUUGAAAAAAUCUGUCUUGCUUAUUUUCUAAAUACAAGAAACCAGUGUUUGUUCAAGAGGUCGUCUGUAAGUACUACCCCAUACCCAUCCAGACUCCAUUUAAAUCAGACCUGUUUUCAGAGUGUGAUGUUCUUCAAUGUAAACCUUAGAUACCAACACUUAAAUCUCUGGAAGCAUUGGGAUUUUGUACUGAGUGCAGUAAUAAAGUAUGUCAGGCACUGAGAGGCCACUGAUAGACCCUUUCAGUGGAACUGUGGUAUGAUCAUUGCCUGAGAACAGGUAAAAAUGUCCUUGUCGUGUCUUCUUGCCACCUCUAAGCUUACAUCUCACUGGACUGAACGGGCACAUGAACUGGAUCUUAGAACGUUGUGAUAGAAGUUUACAGAACAGGCUCAGAGUUUUUAAUUUAAUUUUAUCAGAAAUGAGUAACAGUCAAGCCUUGGUUUUAUAAAAUUAAAGAUAAAUAGUAUGGGAUUUUUGCAUUUCUUUCUUAUUUCUUCCUACUUUUGAGAGAGUCCCUGUGGAGCAUGGGCUGGCCUUGAACUUGUGAUCCUUCCCUAUCUGCCUUUCCAGUGCUUGGUUUUACCACACUUGGCUUUCCACCUCUUUCUACUGUGUUAUUAUUACUAUUUCAGAUUAUCUCUCAACCUCUGGUUUUGCCUAAGUGCUGACUCCUUCAUUGACUCCUUUAGAGAAAGUGAUUGUGACCAAUACAUACUACAUAUUAUUCCUGUCCCUCAAAAGGGUUUCUUUAGUCAUCGGUACGAUGGUACGUACAAACACCUUAAUACUUUGAAUCUAACUUUCCUUCAGGAUGAUGGAGUAGCUUAUGAAUUUUCCCCCUUAUUAAAACAAGGCAUGGUGGUGCAUGCUUGGAAUCACAGCACCUAGGAGGCAGGGGUAGAAAGAUCAUGAAUUUGAAGCCAGUUUGGUCUUAUAUAAUAAAGCCUUUUGUCAAAAAACAAUGCAGACAAGGCUGGGGCUAUAGGGCAGUGGUAACACACUUGCUUAAUGCACAUACCCAAGGUCUAACACAAGAAAACCAACAAAGCAUUUUUGUUAACUACUAGUUGUUGGGCAGGUGAGGUGACUCGGCGGAUGUGAUUCUUGCUGCCAGACCCGAUCACCUCAGUUUAAUCCCUUGGAUCCAUAUAGCAGAAAGUACAGGUUGUUUACGUUAUGCAUUACCGUGCAUGUGUGCUCUCCCACGCACAAUAGGUGUAAAUAAAUGCAGUAAACAGAAAUAAAUUACAUCAAAUACUGCUAUUUACAUUUCAGACUACAGCAUUUCUUGUAAAAUUUGGUGUACAGAGAAUCAAGAAUUGUUCUUUAGAGCAUUUAAGGUCUAAUUCUGAAUAAUUGGAUUACCUGAAGAGACAGAACAAGUUUUUAUUUCAAUUUAAACCAGGUGUGGUGGCACCCACCUGUAAUUCAGCCUUUGGGAGGCAGAGACAGGAUGGUCCCUGAGUUCAAGACCAGACUGUUUUCCCUGCAUCUAGUUUUACAUAGUGAGUUUCAGGCCAGCCAGAGCUACACAGCGAGACCCAGUCUUAUAAAAAGAGAACAAGCGAAUAUAUAUGUAUAUAUUGUUGAUUUAGAGGUUGAUUUUAAGUCAGAGAAUACUAUAGUUGUUAAAUACUUUUAAGGCAAGAGUGGUGAUUCAGUGGUUUAGAGCACCUGCUGCUAUUUUAGAGGACCCAGGUUCAGAUCUCAACACCCACCACAUGGCAGCUUACAGUUGUCUGUAAUUCUAGUGAAUAAAUCUAAAGAACAAUAAACCAAUGUAACAUAGUUAAAACCCAUAGUGACAGCCUGGCAUCCUACUUGUUAAGUGUAAGGUUAUUUGUACUAGAAAAGUAAAAUUUACUUUGGGAAAUAUUUUUAGAUCUUUACGUACCCAGUUAUUUCACUCCAAGAAAAUAGAAUUAUCAGUAACAGCAUAAGGAAAUAGAACUUUACACUUGGACUCCCAGUCACCAGCACUUCUUCCGGCCUUGGUUUAUUUAUUGUUUCUCUCAUGGCACAGGUGUAAUUUGUUACUUUCAGAGCAUACAGCAGCCACACUGGUACAGUAGUGCUCCCUGAACUCCCCACUGGGGCAGCGGUGCUCCCUGAAACUCCACACUGGGGCAGUGGUGCUCCCUGGAGAUUCAGAAGUUACAUCAUAACACGUUUUCUGUUUGUGUAUCUAGCUGUGAAGAAACACUGAUAGUAUUUUGUUCUAAAAUCAGAUAUUGCCCAGUACAUCUGUUAGUGUCAACACUGAUUUUUAAAGUUUUAAUGAUGUACAGAGUUUAAUUUGUUUUUUAAUGCAAUAUCAAUAUUUGCUUACGCUCUCUAAAUUCCUUAACAGAAUAAAGUUGAUUCAGUUGGCAUCUGUCUCAGAUUAUCUUACCUUGAAUGCUUUCUCUUUUGUUUUUUUCUCUAAUGUUUUUAUUUGUUGACAUCUAAGAGAAGCAUUAGUGUUGAUAUAUCUUUUUGUAUUUCUUAAGACACAGUCUCACUAUGUAGCCCUGGCUGGCCUCCAAUUUGCUUUGUAGACCAGGUUGGCAUUGAACUCACAGAUAUCUGUUUCUGCCUCUCAAGUGCUGGAGAGCAUACAUGGUGUGCAUCUUUUCUUAAGAAAAAAAAAAUCUCUUCAACUCAGAUUAUCAAAUGUACAUCCUUUUUAAGAAAUAAAUUUUAUGUAUUCU